CCCGCCCAAAUUACUUUCAUACUUCUCCCUCUUAACAACUUCACAUUCGGACCUACAAACGCUUUCAAUCUUUGAAAAGAACAGAACUGGAAAAGGAUAAGACAUUACUUCGAAAAGAAUCGCUGGUCGUAUAGACUUUGGAAAUCAUGUCAAAUCACUCCGUUAUUCGCAUUGCGAAGGUAAAUACAUCAUGUGGAACUAUAUGACGAUGUUCCGGGAGAUAUGGUGAAAGGCGCAAGGCUGACACUUUUGAUUUGUAGGAGUUGGCGGAUAUUCAGAGGGGUCCAGAUUUAUGUAAGUUCAUAUCAUCCCUCCCAAAACUUACUAUUUAUUUCUAUCUUGAAUCCAUACUGAUCACUUUGUUUUCAGCUCUGGCAGUUGCUUGUCGAGAUAUCGAUGUUCGAGCUGUUAAAGCAAUUAUAAUCGGUCCACCAGAUACAUCUUAUGAGUUUGGGUUCUUUGAUGUUUGUCUAUCUAUCUAGUCAUCCAAUUUAUGGUGGCUUUUCUUCAAUAUGCAAAUGCUAAUAUUUUCCUAGUUUGACGUCAGAUUUGGUAAAGGUACGAUUACGCGCAAUGAUUGCACAUCAACUAGAAGCUGAAAAGUCCUUACAGAAUAUCCUACAAGAGCUCCUAGUGUUCUUGCGGCUACGACAAAUGGAGGAAGAUGUCGUUUCAAUCCAAAUAUUUAUGCUCAAGGCAAAGUCUGUUUGUAAGACCACUCUCUACAUCAUAAUGCUUUCAACAUUCGCUAACUUGUUUUUAGGUCAAUUUUAGGGUAACUACCAAUUUCCAAACAAUCGCAUUAAAUUUUUAAAGCUAAGAAAUAUCAAAGUACAUGGCGAGGUGAAAGAGGAGAAGAGUGGUCAUCAGCCCAAGGACUUGAAUCCAUUUUAAUCUCAAUACAAAGUUUAAUGUCGAGUAACCCCUACGAGAACGAGCCAGGUUUUGAAACCGCACAUGAUGAAAAUGACAGGAAAAAUCAGAAGGAUUAUUGUGCAAAGGUAUAUUUGGGGUGUCAAGGUCAUGUAUAUUGGUACUGACUAGACUGCAGAUUCGGCACGAGACAUUACGAAUUUCGGUUAUUCAACGCCUUGAAGAGUACCUUAACAUCUCUGGGCCAGGAACAGUUUUACCAUGCACACCACCAAGCGAUGAUAGCGACGGCGACAGCGACCUGGAUCGGGAUAUACUUGAUGAAACUUCAAUUGCGUUUGAACCUUUCAAAGAUUUAUGCAAACGUAGAUUCUUGUGGUAUUACGAUUCAUACAUGCAGGCCAUAGCAAAGGCAAAAAAAGAGGUUCAUGAUGGUCAGCCUUUUGCUCGGAUGCCAUUUGAGGGUAGUGGAAAUAGUAUGGAGGGAAAGUUUAACUACACUGAACUUCAAAAACGAAUGAUAUUCAUUCGUACCACAUUGGAAAACGAAACUUCUCAUUGGGCUACUGAAGGAUUGCUAUUGCAGCAGAAGGAAAGUGGUGUAGCAGCAAACCUUCAACGACAAUUUGAGCAAGUGGUUGAAGCAUACAAGAAAAACAAGUCUGUAACACUGGAUAUUGACCUGGAUAAUAAGAACCCUUUCGUGUGGAAUGUUACUUAUUUCGGUCGUCCCAUGACUAAUCUUGACGGAGGGUUAUUUCGAGUUAAGCUUCAUUUUAGCCCAAGAUUCCCAGAGGAACAACCAAGAGCCAAGUUCGAGACGUCUUUAUUCCAUCAUCGGAUCACAGUUGAUGGAACUCCUUGCUAUACUUCCAAACGCCCUGAUGAUGCAAAAUCGCAUAUUGAAUCGAUCAUUGAAGCUUUAGAGGAGGUGUCACCACCAUAUGAUCCAAGAACAUUGGUGAACCUUGAAGCAGCCAAACUUUUCUGGGGAUCGGCAGAUGAUAAGAAAAUAUACAAUCGAAAACUCCGGAGGUCUGUUCAACGUAGCAUUGAGUUAGUUUCAGUUAUAUUCCAAGUGUUUUACUCUUUACUGACUGGAGCAGAGAAUAAAUCUUUCGAGGACAGAAACGCAGUACUAGAUGAGGUUACGAUUUUUUUGUUUUCUGGAGCUAACUUUCUUAUCCAUGUUUCGGAUUUAAUCAUAAACAGCGGCGUAGUAUCCCGAGUUUGGCUAGCUUUAUUUCAGCUUGAGUAAAGCAAGGCGUAUAUCAGCGGGGGUUUUCUUCAUUAUAUUCUCUUUAAUUGACUGAUCACGGAGUUUUAGUUUCACAUCAAGGGGAAAACUUUUACUUUUUACGGCAAGUAGAAAUGGGUUAGCUUGUCUGGCUUGAAAAUUGAUGAUAUGAUAUCGAGGAAAGGUUGUGAUAUCUAUGGACUUUGUUUCAGGAUUGGCGUUAUGGGAAAGUAGCGGUAAGGGGAAAUGGGUAGAU